GAUUUGUCAGCAGUGAGAUCGUCCGUUAAACAUCAAGUCAUGACGGGUUUAUCUCGAGGUUUUAACUUCACUCCCACGUUGAAGUCCACUAAUGAAGAAGGAUUCGGCAAUAGCACGGAAGGUGAACAAAUGAGCCCCGUGCUCGUACAUAUAUUCACCACACUUUAUCUUUUCGUCGAGAUCAUUGGAAUAGCCGGCAACCUAGCUAUCUUAGUUGCUUUCUUCAGGGUUCGCAAGCUGAGGACCAAGAUCAAUUUUUUCUUGAUAAGUUUAGCAUUUUCUGAUUUGACAUUUCUCAUUGCUUUUCUUCCUCUACAACUGGAAUGGCACUUGAAGAAAAUMUUUAUUCAUUCGUUGCUCGUAUGCGAGAUGAUGUGCACUGUGUAUUACUUUAUAAUCUCUUGUUCCUGCCUUAACCUCAUGGCGGUCAGUGGAUACCGUUACUUGACCAUUUGCUAUCCAUUCCUCUCCAAGAGAAUCGUAAAGAACCAGGUACUCUAUGUAGUAGCUCUUAUCUGGGCUUAUUCUGCAAUCACCGCAAUGCUCCCAGUCUUAGGAUGGCGUUCUCAACCUAGUUCUGUCGAUUACCAAUUCUGUGAUUUCACUUUCGACAGGGGCUUCAUUUUUUUUACUAUUGGUGUAAACUGGUUUCUGCCGGCUUUAGCCGUCUUUGUGUUUUAUGGGCUCAUUUUCAGAAUUACCCGAAUACAAGCCAAGAAAAUUGCCAAGAACCAAAUCACCUUGGAAAAAAGUGAACGCAAGAGGCGUAAUUAUCUACUAAAAGGAGCCAUCAGCCUCUCGAAAAUCGUCGCUGUGUAUUUGGUAUGCUGGUUGCCAUUUAUAAUUAAGUGUUUUCUUAGCCAGCUAGACAACUAUGAGCUAAUCCCUUUCGUCUAUCACUAUCUCAUAAUGUUCCUUACCUACAGCAAUUCGGCGAUAAACCCGUUUCUUUACGCAGGACUAUGCGAGGACUUCAAUUCGGCAUUUCGAAAAAUCUACAGGCAAUUCUUAAGCAGCAUGAGGUCAAUUGGGAACUCGUCAGGAGACUAUCUUAGAACACCAUUAAAUGUCCUACACCAACGAAGUAUAAGCUCCAACCAAAACAAUAACAUUCAGUUAUCAACACAAGUAGGACGAAAAACGUUUGGAUCGAGAUCAUCAYUGUAUCAACAAGCAGCGACGAUGUUGAGUUCGACAGCUUGAUGCGCUACGACUAGAUUUCCAGCCUAUACUAGACACUAAAUAAAGAUAAUUGUUUAUUCAUUUUUUAUUUUGGCCGGCAAUACGAUGUCAAAGCUACUUGGCAAAGUCAGUAUAACUUGCUUGAGUGAUAAUAGGAGACAACAGCUAGCGAUGAAUAAUUGCUCUAUUGAGGCUACUUGGGAAAGUAUUAGUAACAAYUGUAUACAUUGAAACCGAAAAGAAAGAAAGCUAAACCGACAGAUAACUUAGCAAAGUAGCGAUUGCAUGUUAGCAAGCAUAAGAUAGCAAAGAACAAAAUACAGUGGGAAAAAAUGAAUAAAUGAAUCGAUGAAUGAAUGAAUGGAAGAAUGAAUGAAGGAAGGAAGGAAGGAAGGAAGGAAGGAAGGAGUGGAUGGAUGAAUGAAUGAAUGAAUGAAUGAAUGAAUGAAUGAAUGAAUGAAUGAAUGGAUGAGUAGAUGAAUGAAUGAAUGAACCAUAGAACGAACGAACGUACGAUCGAAUGAAAAGAACGAAUGAAGGAAUGGAUGGUUGCGGACGAACCCUGGAAUGGAAAGAAGGAACGAAAUAAAUUCUAUAAAUAAAAAGUACUAAAAGUUAUAACAAAAAAGAGCAGAAAGAAGAAAGAAGAAAAAAGAAAAAAUCAAAAUCAAAAAACAAAAAACAAACAAAAACAAAAAAACGAAUGAACACACACACACACACACACAAAGAAAUGUAAACUAACCCUCUUUAUUGACAUACUGAUUUGUCUAACAAAAACCUCUAUUUCUACUUGAUCUAUAAACUUGUGGUAGACCAUAAAAAUAUUAACGGAAGUAAUUCCUUAGCGAAUYUAAAAGAUAAAUUUAUUAACGAUACAAAAGAAGCAUGGAAGCAGUUGAAGAAAAUAAUCUAGGAAAAUACAUWUUCGUAUCAAUUGCGCAGCUGAAAUGUUUCCUAUUAAAACCAAAUGCAAAAAAGRAAAAAAAACGUCUUUGGUUCGAGAUCUGAUGGAAUGAACGAUCUGAGUUUGAACGGAAUUUUUGUUAUUUAAUGUUUUGGGRCUAAAAUAAUACGAAAAAUCAUUUUUCUCAAAGCUUGUGCCUYAUGCAUAUUCCAAUCCGUAAAGGAAACUACGUUGUUCGGCAGUGAAUGUAUUAAAACUUGAAUCGUGCUACUCGUUCUCAGAUUUCAGAUCUCCAACUGACAACGUUUUUUGAAAAAGCUAAGGUUUCAAGUAUWAAUGUAUGGUGCCUGUUGAGAAAUUUUCGGUGAUAAUAAAUGAGAAAGAAAUUUAAAUCUAAAAAUAAAGGUAAACGAAACAAAAAAAAAAAAAUUAGAAAGUAAAAUUUUCUGGUAGUCUUCUCGGCGGUAUAAUUAAGCUCCAAAAACGCAAACGAUCAAUAGUCUCAUUUAAAAUUCCUAUGACAACUUUUAAUCCUAGCCUAGCUCUUAGUUUCACUAUUUAAAUGGUAUUCUAAUAACAAAAUAAGGUAAUCAUGGCAACUUAUUGARUUUGAAAUACGUUUAGUUUUCAGUUCCUCUAGAAUUCUAAAAUGUGGAAGUAAAAAGACUGUUGUGUUUGAAGUAUGUGUGUUUGCKGUAUAUAUGGCCAUAAGAUUUAGUACGCACGCGUCAGACUAUAGCUGUGGGGCAUAUUUAUUGUAUUAUUUAUUAAAUCAAAUUUGAAACAUAGAAUAAACUGGAUAAAUGAUA